AUGGCCAGUGCCAACGAGAGCGAGUCUGUACAUGCCACCAUGUACUUUCUCCAGCGAUCGUCGAUCUACGACGAGGAGAAACCGUACAGUCUGCGGUUUCCUCCCGGAGAUGGCCUCGCGCAGUCUAACAUCCUCCGCGAGGCGCAUCUGAUCCAGGUGGCCAGCAUGAGAGGGAGAAGCGAUCUUAGGCUUGAGACAUGUGGAUUCGAGGUGAUGGCGUUCUCGUCUCCGCUCUCGUACGAAGAUUACGAAGACGCCAACAAGAUCGCCCAUGUUUUGCUGCCCGCGCUCUGUCGGAAGCUGAAACAACAUUUGAGUGCCCAGCAUGUUGUGGCGCUCGACUUCUCGGUUCGCCGUCGCCAUGCAAGCUUCCCAGUCUCGACAGGGAAGGACUACGACCACGACCAGCCUACCAACAUGGCCCACAUCGACUUCACGCCGGAAGAAGGCGAGAGAAUGUUGAGAGUCAUGUAUCCCGACCAAGCCGAUGAGAUCAUUGCCGGUGACUGGUACAGCACCUGGUUCCCACUGAGGGGACCCCUGAAUGACUGGCCCCUGGCAAUCUGCGACGCACGAACGGUGGACCGCGAAGCCGAUUUGAUGCCCGGCGACAUUGUGUACACGGAUUGGGCGACGGAGAACUUGCAAGUCCACCAUAGCGACAGGCACAAGUGGUACUACUUGCCCGAUCAGACUGUGGACGAAGUGCUCAUCUUCAAGAGCGGCGAAUCCUCGUCGGCCAAAGUCCAAGCGGUACCGCACGGAAGCUUUUACAACCCACGUGUCCAGGCCGGUGAACCCCCGCGGGAAAGCAUUGACUCGAGGUUUUUCGUGCUCUUCGCGCCUCUCGAGAAAUAUCCUAGAGUGCAAGGCAACGUGUUUUCACAGCGCCCAGACUGA